ACAGAAUAGCGGGUAUUUAUCUUUAUUUCUCCUCCCAACUUCUCCCACAUUUUUUUUUUCUGUUUAACUGGACAAGAAGACAAGAGGCUUGCUCUUUUCGACACUUACUACGAAGACAUUUCUCAAAGGAUUUGAUGCUUCCUUUUGGGCUGCAGCUUUGGGCUCACCAAUCACAACCAGCGCCGCCAUUUACCAGCCCGGUAACGAAGCUCCACAAACCGAUUCUGCACAUCUGUGUCGAUGAUGAGGACCACCCCUGCUCUGCUGUUCGUCUGUUUUUGGAUGAACUCUGGCAUCCAGGCUGUUCAGAAAGAUCAAAAAUGUGGCUCUACUCCGGCGGUGAACCCAAAGCGUCGAUUCCUGAGGGUAGUCGGAGGAACCCAAGCUACAUAUGGAUCCCACCCGUGGCUGGUAUCGAUACAGAAUAAAGGCUCUCAUUUCUGUGGAGGGGCCAUUCUGACUGACCGCUGGAUACUGACUGCAGCACACUGCUUCCCAUCCUUAUCAAAGUACCAAGAUCCAGUGGUACCUGUGAUCAGUCCCAUACGACAUGACACAAACAUGCAACAGAAAGGAUUAGCUGUUUUUUUUUUUUUGUUUCUGCCUAGUGUCUUUCUGAGUAGUGUGACGGUUCUGGUGGGAGAGUUUGACCUGCGAGUAGAAGACAAAGAUGAGCAAGUCUUCACAGUCAAGUCUCUGUUAAUCCAUGAGAACUACAACCACGCGUGUCCAAUGAAUUAUGACAUAGCUCUGGUGGAACUGGAUCGUCACGUCGCAAUGGGAGCUCGUGUCAGGCCAAUAUGUCUGCCUCUGCCUGAUUUCAAAAUCCCGCCAUCGACUAAAUGUGUUGUUGCUGGUUGGGGAAAGACAUGGGAAAGAGGACACAUUCCUGCAGUCCUGAGAGAAGUCCACCUGGGUUUGGUGGAUCAAGCCAAGUGUAAAUAUGUCCAACUGAUGAUCAAAAGCUCAUUUCCAAAACAGAAACAAAAGUUCCUCAAUCCAGCCAUGACGAUUCUGUGUGCUGGAGCUGAGGGAGGAGGCAGAGACGCCUGCCAGGGAGACUCUGGUGGCCCUCUGGUAUGUCAGGCAGGGGCCGGAAGCGACCGCUGGAUCGUGCUGGGAAUAACUUCCUGGGGCCAAGGAUGCGGUCGCAGCUGGGGAAUGAAAAGCAACCGGCAUCCGUCAAAGAAAGGAUCUCCGGGAAUUUUCACUGACGUCAAGCUGCUGCUGCCCUGGAUCAAGCAGAAGAUGAGGGAGGCUGAGCAGCAACAACUAUCAACUUCAGGACUGUGUAGUGUGACAGAUGGCCCGGUAUCGGACAGUGAAGGGUUGAUCAGGAACCCCGCUUUCCCUGACACCUACUACGACAACAACCAGUUGUGUUUGUGGAGCAUCGAGGCUCGUCCAGGUCACAGCAUUCUGCUAGAGUUUGAUCAUUUUGACGUGGAAAAUAGCUCGUAUUGUCGGUUCGACCGACUCACAGUUUCAGGAUCAAAGAACAGGCCUGUUGCAAUAUUCUGCGGUAAAUUACGACCAGCUCGAGUGCUUCUACGGAAUUCCCAGAAUGCAGUGCUGCUCUUCUCCUCUGACAUUAAUAGAGCAGGGCGUGGCUUUGCAGUCAGGUACCGUGGGAUCAAGGGAUCCUUCCCUCCAGCAUGUGGGACUAUUGUUCUGGUGGAGGAUCAGAUUUCACUCCACACCCCAAAUUACCCACAGUCCUACAGUAAUGACUGUGCGCUCCGCUGGGUCAUCUACUCUCCUCCGGGACAUCUAGUUAAGCUGACGUUUGCUGAUUUUGACCUGGAAGAGUCGGAGAGAUGUUUGCAUGAUUCACUGACAGUUCUGGGGGACAUUGAAGGAAACAAAGAGAUUGCUGUGUUGUGUGGCGGCAGUAUUCCCCCUCCGGUCCUCUCCUUCAGCAGCAUCAUGGUGCUUCAUUUCACGUCAGACAGCCGCAUCACUCGCAGGGGCUUCAGCGCAGGACUGACCUUCAUCAGGAAGGAAGCUCUCCUUUCUGAAUGUCUCCAGUGUAAACUCUCACCACACCCAGAGCCUUGGAGACCUUGGUCUUGCUUUUCCCCUGGCUAUCUCUCUUUCUUCUCCCAGUUUGUGAAAGUGGAACUCCACCCACUGACAUUUGCAGUGACUCAUACAAGGUAUUCACUCAAGCAGCAGUCCAGAAGCAAAGCUCUGACCCAUUAGGUGUUGAGAAACAAGAGUCCUCAGCGGAUCAAAGAUUUCAUGCUGGAAGGAAAUCGGAUCACGAAGAGCACAGUGGUGAAUCCUCGCGAAAUUGACACUUAUUGCUGGAAUGAGACUCAUCUUCAUUUAGAAAGAGAGAAACUAGAAUUGAUCAACCACUUUCUGUUCAGUCUCUGAUUGGUGUUAGCUUUCAGGGCAAACAUAAAAAAAAAAUAACAUUGUUUACAUGUUGAUUUACCUGUGUAAAAAUAAUCUGGUGUCAAGACUUAAAAUUGAAAUGCAACUUUUGUAGAAAUAGAAUUUUUCACGAUGUUCAUAGAGUCACAUUUCUAUUAAUUGCAAUAAAGGACAUUAGCUGAUUGCACAUUAA